AUGUUGGCACCAGGGAGCUUGCCGACGCAGUCUGUGCACGGAGCUUUCCUGGCCAAGGCGUGCGGCAGCAACCCCCAGCCUACGGCGGCUUCGGGCACGGCGGUGCGCUUUUCCUCUCACGGCCGCGUUCCUGCCAGCGCAGCCACGGGCCGCUUGCUGCACAGCCCAUCGCGAGAACGCGUGCCUCUUGCGGCGCACCGGGUGCAGGGCCCUUGCACGGCCAGCUUGGCGGCAGGGUGGGCGAGACAAGGCGAGCUCCGCGCUGCAACGUCGACCUCGCCUGCGAGGAGAUCCCCAAGCCCUUGCGCGAAUAAGCUGCGAACCAGUUACGCCGCCGCAGGGCUUAUCGUGCAAGGCGUGACGUCGCACACCCAAGUCGUAAGUCAGCCAGGUGCACAGCCUCGCCGGCUGACGUCUCCUUUGCGGGCGGGGCCGCUGCCGCCUUUCCCGCCAGCCGCCUUCGCCGCCUUGCCCUCGUUGCGUCGGGCGCUGGCGGCCUGCGCGGGCGCGCCCGCCUCUGCCACGGUCUGGCGUGCUGUGCGGGAGUCGUUCCAAGUGGUCGAGAGAUCACGCAGCGAGAGGAGUAGCCAGUGGGGCUCCGAGGAGGUGCGGCGCUUCGCACUCAGCAUCCUCGCCGCCCAGGGGGUGGAGCCUCUUGCGCCGCUGGUCUGCUGGUCUGACGCUGGCUGGGGCGCGCUCGUGUCCGAGCGGACGACUGGAGGUUGCCAGCUGGGGCUCGACGCGGCCGAGCGCCUUGCGCUGUGCGUCCUCCAGCGCCUGAUCUCGGAGUUGGAGUCCCAAGCCACCUCGGCGACGGCCGCAGCGCCGCGGGCUGCAUUGCAGAGGUCGACCAGCCCUGGCGGCUUGGCGGCCUGGGCGCGAAUGUCGCGCGCAAGCGCCCCGCCGGUUGUGUGCCACAGGGCGCCCGGCGUUGCGCAGGGCACGGCGCAGGGCGUGGCUGUCGGCGCGGGCGGGCCUGGGCUGCUGGCGCCCCAGUGGAGGGAGGCCUCGCCAGCACCGUCGCGUCGACCAGAAAGAGCAGAAGACAAAGGCCACUGUCAGCCUUGCGCCACUGCCGUGGAGGUGCCCGAGGGUAAUUUCAGCCGUGUCAGUGCCGCGAGCGACAUGACCACUCCGCGCAUGAAGGAGAGCGACGUGGCCUCCACGCUGGCCUGCUCGUCCCAGCCGCUGCAGUCGGGAGGGGCCUGCUCGGCCCUGUGCUCCGACGGGCUCCAGCGCGCGGAGCCGGCAAGGUAUGUCCUGACAGGACUCUCGGAUUGCGUACUCCCAGGGGAGUGGCACGGCGAGGUGCCUGGAGGCGCUGGGGUCAGCCUAUCCAGCUCCGCGUGGCCCCUGAAGGCCAGCGUGGAGGAUGCAGCGGGGCUGGCCGCCACGGCGGUGAGCACGGUGCCCGUGGCUCGCGCCCCGGAGAUGGGGAUCGCAGCGCCAGCUGGUCGCAACGCCGACGAGGAACAUAUUGGCGAGGAGCUCGCACGUCUACGCCAGGCGUUGGAGUUGGAGCGCGCUGAGAGGCGCCAGAUGGCCACGCAGCUGGACGCACUUCUGCAGCGCAGCGGGCUGCCAGCAGUGGCCGCUGGCUCGGCGCCCACGCAGCCGCAGGAUCAGGCUCGUGCUCCUCUGCCCCUCGGGGGCUGCUACCGGACGGCUCAGGAUCGCGUGUCGGAGAUCCUGGCGGAGGGCCGCGGCCGAGACCCGAGCCUGCCGGGCGGCACGCAGGGCCCGCCGCGGGGCGCCCGGGACUGCACGGGCGGCGCCCGGAGCGGCGAGGAGGCCGCGGACUGCAGCGCGCUGGAGUGCAGCGCCACCACUUUGGACUUCAGCCAGAUCCCCGCAGGCCUGCAGCCGGCACCACCGCUGGCCGCGGACGAGACCCCAGCCUACUUCAACCUUGCCGCUGCCGACAGCCAGAGGGAUGCCGCCAGCCCCUUGCUGGACAGCCCGGUCGCGUCGGAAGUGCCGAAGGCGCCCUUGGCGCCCCCGCCCGCAGCGCGGGGGCUGGAGCUCGCUGGCGCGCCAGUUGCAGCUACAGCGCCCGCGGCCACGUCCGACGUUCACGACGCGCGGCUGACCGACGCGCGGGCCAUCCUGGCGGAGCUGGAGCGCGACCUCGCAGCUUCGGACCUCGCGGACGCCAGCGCAGCCGCGAGCCUCGACACUUCGCCGCUGGACGGCGUCAACAUUCAAGCCGCGGGCCACACGGCAGACGGCAUUUCGCAGCUGUCGUUCUACAAGCGGAGGUGUUUGGAGUUGGCAUCAGAGGUGCAGCACCGGGACACGGAGGUGGCGCGGCUGAGGGCCGCGCUCGGGGAGGCCGCCCAGGAGAGCGGCCGGGGCUGCAGGUCCAGCGCGUGA